CGGCCCGAGGGGAGGGGGCUCCGCGCCGGCCUGAGGGCGCACUUUGGUCAAAAAGAAGAAAUAACCACUAACAGCUGAAACAUACAGAUUGUCUCUUCCACUCUGGCUAGGCAGGAACAAUGGAGACAUCUGAUGGAGAAAGUUUGGGUGUAGCCACCUCCACCACUUCUGAUGAGUUUGAUGCAGUUGUUGGCUAUCUGGAGGAUAUCAUAAUGGAUGAUGAUUUCCAGUUAAUACAGAGGAAUUUUUUGGAGAAGCACUACCAGGAGUUUGAUGACUCAGAAGAAAACAAGCUUGUCUAUACAGACAUCUUUAAUGAAUAUAUCUCUUUAGUAGAGAAAUACAUUGAAGAGAAGUUGCUUGAUCGGAUUCGUGGGUUUGAUAUGGUUGCUUUCACAGUGUCAUUGCAACAACACAAAGAUGAAAUGCCAGGUGAUAUAUUUGAUCUGCUUCUCACAUUUACAGACUUUCUGGCUUUCAAAGAAAUGUUCUUGGAAUACAGAGCUGAAAAAGAAGGUCGAAGUCUGGAUUUAAGCAGUGCGUUAGUGGUGACUUCAUUAAACCAUUAAACAAGUCA